AUGAAAAACAACUGUUAUAUUCAAAUAAAGCAACAACAUUCUAAAAGUAAAAAAAAGAAAAAGGUUAUAAGAAAACUAGACUAUAAGAUAAAUAUUUCUACUAUUUUUUUUAAAUUUAAUAAUGUUUUUAUAACAUCUUCUAAAUUUAAAAGAUAUGGAAAUAUUUUUAUAUUUUUAACAAUAUUAAAAUCGUUAUCUUGCGGUCAGUUUAUAAAGACAUGUACAUCUUAUGGUAAAGUUAGAAAAUUGUCUAUAAUAACAUUAAAUAAACUUAUUAAUAAGUUUAUGCUGUUUUUAGUUUAUAGUAAAUCUAAUAAUAUUAAUAUUGUUUUUAAAAAUAAAUCAUAUUAUAAAAAAACUUUAUUAUUUUUAUUUUUAAAAUUUAAUAAUAUUAAAGGUAUAAAAUUACGUACUAUUUCUCAUGUUAUUAACUACCCUUACAACGGAUGUAGGCUUAAAAAACGUAAAUUUAAAUGA